AUGUCGCAGGCAGCGGUGGAGAAGCACAUGCGGGCAGAGUGUUUCCUGCUCUAUAACGUGUUGUAUGAUGGAGUCGUGGACUGCAGUAACUCAUUGGAGGAUGAGGAUGAGGUCGAGUUACCACCGCAGGCCGCCGUCUUAUCUGCCUUCCAGCCAGAUUGUUACGGUCACGCUGUGUCAGUCAAGGAAUGGUUCGUCUUCCCAGGAAAUCCACUUCAGGAGCCUACCAGAGUCACUCCAAAACCCCUCAACUAUACAAAAGGGCCCCCUGAUCUGAUGGCCCUGUGGUUUAGGACAGACCCAGACGUGAAAACAAUCCAAGCAUCGACACUCCUGGAUGUCUUUGACCUGUAUGAGUUUACUGAAGAGCUGAAGCAGUUUGACAGCCCUGUGAUUGCUGUGAUUUGUCUUGUAACCUACAUUGCCAUUCAGACGAGACAGCUUUCUCUGGAAGACGUAGAUGCAUAUCUAAGCCAAGCUGUUUGUGUCAGAUUCAAGUCCUUCACAGAAAUGCAACAGCUCAGGACCUCUGUUGUAGACCCUAGGGCCGUCCAGCUCGGGUCUCUCUUUGUGCGCGGUCUGACCUACCUCAUCGCAGCCAACAGUGCAUGUGGUUACCCUUUCCCAAUGGGUGAGCUCAUGCCGUGGAAGACCUUUGACGGCCUGCUCUUCCAUUCGAAAUAUCUGCAAGCCCACUCAGGCAGUCCAAAAGAAGAGCUUCUCGAAGGCAAUCCCUCCUGGAUAUCUUUGUUCCUGUCCGUCAGAGAUCUGGUGCUGGGAGCCUGCAGGAGACGUGGCGCUCCCGUCCAAAGCCAACCACGCAGACUACAGUACAGAGAUGCGUGGCCUGUGGAGGUGGAUGAUCUGCGUGGAGAAAGCCGACCCCAGCUCCAUCACACCACACAGCAGCCCACAGCUUCAGCACACUACCAGCAAGGUUAUAGACCAAGACAUCCAAAGAGAGGAAGGUAUCAGCUUGCACCGAGAUGGCCAAAGUCUCAAAACACAGACUGAUGAAAAAAAUUUACUCUUGUGGAAACAAUUGUCCCCAACAGAGCAAAGCACUAAUAAACUGCAUUCUAAGAUGCGAAUGUUCGUGAUAUGGACGCCGUCAUUUAGAUUUUGCCCUUUUGUUUUGACCUCAGAUGAUUAGUGACAGAUUUAUUUGCAGUAUUUGUGCAUCACUCAACUUAAAAACAUGAAAUAGUGCAUGAUUGUGCAGUUUUUGGGCAGGGAUAAGCCUGUGUUAUGGCUGAACACAGAUUCUGUGUUCAGUGAUAUCCUGAAAAGCCCUCAGAAUUAUAUCUUAUAGUGAGAUUACAGUCUUUUUUCUUUUCCAUGGGGAUGAUAUGAAUCAGUGACCAAAAUGGAAGCUUCCUAAACUGUGUGCCAAACCCAUUCAUUCAGCUCAGACCCUAAUUAGUAUCAGAUGAUCUCUUACCUUUCAACUGCUGGUUUGACGUUGACUCCAGUUGUUCGCAGUAAAAAAUGUUUUUUUGUCUCCCUCAACACAUUUCGAUUCUAGAUUUUCAAGCAGCCAUUCUUUAAAAAAUUGGUAAUAAUAAUGUGUGUCAUAGCGUUGAAAGACGCGGUUAAUGUGAUCCAAAGCAGCCGGAUGGAGAGAUGUUUGGACAGAAUCGUGGUUUUGGCAUAUCGUGGCCAAAAUGCUCCCACUUUAACCUCAUAUUUUGUUGAUAGUCUGUUUCAUGACCGUCGAGUCUGUAUGUUCUAGUAUUGCAUACUUUUUGUUUGCUCGUGCACUAUUUUAUGUCAU